GUGACAUUUCUUGUCUCUAGGGAUUCUCAAUGGGGUGUCUAUAAUCAAGUCAGGAAACGCCCCUUCAGGUUUAGAAAAUUGGUUCGCACUGUGCAUUGUAGCGAGAUGUGAUCGUGUCAAAAGUUUCCGUUCUUGACAACACUCUUGUAUGCGUUAUUAGGACAAUUUCAUUUCUUUGAGAUAAAAUAUAAAAAAAAACAUCAAAGAAACAUCUCGACGAUCGAUUCUUGUUCAGAUAUCAUUAUAUGGUGACGUCAUAACAUACCAGCUGGAAACACUGAAAUUACACCUGGAGUAAACCUUCAACCUUCUGCUGCAUAAGUAACCACGCCAUCUUCGGCAAAUAUUAGGUGAAUAAGGUAUCUUGGAGAGCUUACCACAACAGAUCAAUACUCUGAUCGCCAUGGCAACUAACUUCACCCAAGACCAACAAUGUGAAGGAAAGGAGUGUCAAUCAAUCACAGAUGUGACGUACUACGUGGAGGAGAAGAAGAGACUCUGUGAUGAAUGCGCCUCUAAAGAAGAAUGCAUCGCAAGAGUUAAAAGAGGUGUACCAAAUAUUUAUUGUGAAGAACACGAUGAAAAGGUAAAAUUAUAUUGUAAAACUCAUGGUGUACCAUUGUGUUAUUCAUGCGCUAUGAUCAAACAUCAACAGCCUUGUGUGCAACAAGAUAUUAAUGAUGCAAUAAAAGAAAGUGGGGCGAGGCUAACAGUUCUAAAAGAAAGAGCGAGGGACAAAGUGAAAGAAGGUCGUCUUUAUGAAGAUGAAAUUGACCAAUGCACGAAAGACACAGACACACAUCUACAAGCUUUGAAAGAUAAAGUUAAUUCCAUGAUCAAGGAGGCAAUCAACGCAGAUAAAGUCAAAGAGAAGACGGAGGCUGACAAAAUCAACCAAGAAUUUGAUGAUCAGAAUCAAGUACUUCAAGAAGAGAUUAUGAAGAUCAAUGAGAAGAUUCGAAAGAACAAUGAAGAGAGAGAGAAACAACUUGAAUUAAUCCAUACAAAUGCACAGAUUAGUCAAGGACACAUGGACAAUAAGAAGAUUGGUCUUCAUAGAGACAUUGAUAACAUUGUUAAAGAGAAGGAUAGGAAGAUCAGAGAGUUGAUGAAAUCGUUGCAGGAUGACACAAAAACAAUAGAGAAUGCAAUACAGACCAUAGAUACAGUACUAGAAGACGAUAAAAACAUUGUUAAAGAUGGUCAUAGUGUGAACAUGUCAGUGAUUGAUAAACUAAAUAAACCACUUUAUAGGAAUGAUGUGAAACAAAUCACUGAUAGAAUAUCAGGUGUGACGUUUGUGAAGGGUGUUGGGAGAGAGAAGUAUGAUGGUAGGAUUGGUGGGUAUGAUGGCGAAUGGAUGCUUAGUGAUACAAUCAGUGUCAAAGAUAAAUUCACAUACCAAUAUAUUGUGGGUUGCAUAGAUGAAUGUAAUGUGAUCAUCACUGACAGAGUCUCAGGUAGCCUGCAUACAUACAUGUUAGAUAUUAACACUAAACACAUUCAGAGAGUGAUAACAGGCACUGAUACAUCAUGGGUUAUCUCCUGUGCAUUACUGAAUGAUGACAAGAUAGUAUGUGGUAGAUGGUGUAAAGGUUGUACAGGGGACAGUUUGACUGGAUGCAUCAGUGUGUAUGACAGACAAUGGAUGCGCAUCAAUGACGUCACAAUACCAAGAAACACAACGGACGAUAUCUCAUGGGUGGAUGUAGCUGUUGACCGUGAUGGGAUGAUCAUCGCUACUGAGUGGAAUCAGUCUAAGAUAUACGUCAUCAACCCAGCUGAUAGUAAGAUCGUGAAUACCAUCACAUGUAAACAGGAUGUAGGGAUGCGAGGUGUGCUAUCAUCAGGUCACAUCAUCGCUCACCAUUUUGAAAAGAGAGUACUAAUCAUAGACAGACAGGGUGGUCAAAGGGAAAUCCCCCACAGUGAUGACAUCUUGAAUGUCUGUAUUGAUCCUAUAACAGACGACCUCUACGUUGUGACAUCAGAUGAUGAGUACAAGACGUGUGUGAUUGAUCAGGUGAUGAGUGGGAAUGAAGUGAAGAAGAGAAGAGUGACGUCAUUCCCUCUAUCAACUAGACUGACUGAUGAGGAUGAUAGGUUUGGUUGCCUUUUAUCAUCUUGUUUAAUGAUCUUAUCAUCAGGCAAGAUAAUUGUUUCUAAUGGAGAAAGUAUUCUCGUAUUCGAAAAGAGAUUCACAUUCUAAACGAUACAUCGGUGAUCAAUUAAUUAUUGUUUUCACUAUGACGGCUAUGAGACACAUUGACAAGCAAAUACUUUCCUUUUAGACAAUGAAAAACAUUAUU